AUGAAGCUUUUGUCCUGGAAUGUGAGAGGGAUUGGCAAGCCUGAGAAGAGGGGAAGAAUCAAAAGGCUACUAAAAGAUAGGCACAUUGAUAUUGUAUUCCUUCAAGAAACAAAGAAGAUGGUGGUAUCUGACAAUUUAGCUAGAGGGCUUUGGGGUCGAAGGAAAAUGGAGUUCCUCUCUGUGGAUCCAGAAGGUACUGCAAGAGGGCUCUUAUGUAUGUGGGACCCAGAUGUUUUCCAAUUAUCUGGUAGCUGCUGCAACAGGAGGUUUAUCCUACUUUCAGAUACAUUAUAUAACUCCUUUCAUUGUGUCCUACUUAAUAUUUAUGCUCCUAAUGAUGUCAGCAGUAGAUCCUCUUUUUGGAACACUUUACUUAAUCUGAAGGUCUACUUUUCCAACCCUUGGUGCAUGGAGGGUGACUUUAAUGAAAUAAGACACUUGGGUGAGAGAGUAGGCUGCUCCAGAAGAGAUAGAGGCAUGCAACAGCUCAAUGAAUUCAUAGAUUCUGCAGAAUUAAAUGACCUUCCUCUUCUUGGUAAGAAAUAUACUUGGUGCAAUACUCAAGAAUCUCAGAAUUGGAGUAGAAUUGACAGGGUGUUGUUGAGUCCUGAGUGGUUAAUUCACUUCAAACUAAAACUCUGGGGGCUGCCUCGCCUCAUAUCUGAUCAUUGUCCCCUUUUAAUGAUGGAAGAUGAAAGAGAUUGGGGCCCCAAACCUUUCAGGUUUAUCAAUGCGUGGACUUUGCACCCCAAAUUUGCACAACUAUUUACUACCUGCUGGGGGAAUUCCAGUUUUGUGGGUUGGGCUGGGUUUAUACUCCAACAAAAACUAAAACAUUUAAAGCUGGAACUAAAGAAAUGGAAUACCGAAGUGUUCGGAAAUGUUUCAACCAAACUUAAGGCUUCAGAGGAGGAAUUGCAUGAUCUUGACAUCACUACGGAAGGAAGAGAAUUGCUACAUUCUGAAAAGGCUAGAAGAAGAAGAGUCAGAGGUGAAGUGUGGAAGCUCUAUAGAAGGGUGGAAUGGCUAUGA